CCAGCCAAGACGCUACAGAUUUUUUGUGGUUGCGGUGGUUACGCGAGCAGUUUAGCUGUUGUCUCACUUGUGUGCGCUUAUUAGUCACCUGUCGUCGUUCUUAGUUUCCUGUACUAUUAUACGGAUGUUCCGCAGAGCACCAGGCAAACGAAUGAAGUGCGAGUACUGCAUGCUCAGUUCAAAAACUCACGCAAGUGCUUUGGCUUGACCACUUCGAAGCACGCUGACUUAAACACCACAAGUAUUGUAAAGAAAAUGCGUUUCUGGAUUAUGGUCUUCCGCACUGCCAACGUGUCAUCACUGUGCGUGCUUCGCUGUGCGUAGUGGCUUUUGAAUGACUAGUAUUUGAAGCAGUGGCAAUGACUAAUAAGGACCCUCGUUUUGAAGAAUGGGAAGCGCCGGACAAGUCAUUUCGCAAAAUAAUUGUAAAGGCCGGUCACAUCGGAAAAAGGCCUUUGUAUGAGUCGUCUUGCCAGUGUAACGUUUUAUCGGACGAGGAAGGAAUUGUUGGUCUUGGAAGCGGCAUUCGAACUAAAACUUUAGUCAUCGGGAAUGUUUCGAGUGAAGUGGAACUGAUUCUUGAAAGGUGUUUGAUGACAAUGAACACUGAAGAGGUUUGCGAUGUAAUAUUUACCUUACCGUUGAAUAUUACAGUGCCGUACAUACCGAAAGCUGCUUACCUCCGCUGCGAAACCCAGCCAGCGAUGGACUUCAACGUCUCACGCGUACUAGGAAACGAACCGGAAGACAGCCGCAAGGAAGCUGGCGAUGUGCCAGCUAGCAGUGGAGUACCACCUGAAAAGACGGACGUGACCCCUAAGAGCUACAGAGUUCGAAUAGAACUGGAAACGUUUAGUAACGUGCCCCAUGUCUGCGAUAUGACUUGUGCAGACAAGCUGCAAUACGCUUGUGGACACAGGGAUAAGGGCAGUCAGUUAUUCUCUGCAAAGAACUACAGGUGGGCCUUCAGACACUUUAGCUGGUCAUACAAGUAUGUAAUUUCACUAGAGCAUGAUAAUGUGCCUGGUGACGUGGCCACACAGCUAGACCUAGACAUCCAAGGUUUGAAACUGAAGUGUCUGCUAAACCUUGCCGCCUGUCAGCUACAGAAUUAUUCCUAUGACCAUGCCGUUGAAAACUGCACACAUGCACUGGAGAUAGACCCAAAUAAUGUCAAAGGCUUGUACCGGCGUGGUACUGCACUAAUCCAAUUACAAGAAUAUGAGAGAGCAAAAUGUGACCUUGAGCAGGCGAAGAGUUUGGACCCCAAGAAUCCUUCUAUUGAUAAACAGUUGGAGAUUCUUAAGGAGCGUACUUGCAAGCUAAACAAAUAUUUUGCUGUAGCCAUGAAGAAACUGUUUGAAUAAAGCUGUAGGAAUAAGUGUAAUGUACA